UUUUCAACUGUUGCUUAUGUUUCAUGAGUGGGAUAUGUUCCAUAAAGAAGGCUGGCACUAACCUAUAUAAAUACCCCACCAAUGUUCUUGUUAAACCUGCAACAAAAUCAUGAAGUGGAUUCUAGUCAUUUUCCUCGGUCUCUGUCAUGGGACUUCUGCUCAAAGAGACUUAUUACAGGCCCACAACGAAAUGAGGAUUAGUGAAAAGGGAGCAGCAGAUAUGAAGAUGAUGAAAUGGAGCAAGGAAUUGGCUGAUGUGGCACAGAAAUGGGCCAAUACGUGUCGUGAAGGUCACAAUCCAAGGAGAAAAUCACGAUAUUUCCGUAAUCUUGGCGAAAAUAUAUAUCGCAGUACUAAUCGUGCAUCUGCUAGAGAUGUAAUACGGAGCUGGUACUCGGAAAAAUCUCAGUAUAAUUUUUAUUCCAACCACUGCUCCGGUGUCUGUGGACAUUAUACACAGGUUGUAUGGGCGGACUCUGAAUACCUUGGAUGUGGAGUUGCAUAUUGUAGAAACUUAUUUCGAGGCAGAGGGGGCUACAACUAUGUCUGCAACUACGGACCAGCAGGAAACUGGAUAGGAAGAAAACCGUUCACUCCCGGGAAACAGUGCAGUCGCUGUCAACGUGGAUACGGUUGUUACAAAGGACUGUGUUACAGAUAAAGGAAAGAGGGCUUACUAGAGAGAUACAGCAAAUUGAACGAAAUAUACUAUACGUGUUCCUCGACUAAAAUUUGAAUAAAUUUUUCUUAUGAAGUAA